AUGGACUCUAAGCACGCGGUCAACAAGGGCAAGGAGGAGGGAGAAGGGGCGAGCGCAAGUCCUCAGCGCAAGCCUAUGGUGUUCAAGUUCGGCUCGGGUGGGGCCAAGUCGCGGUUCUCGUCGGCGUCGCCAGCGUCGCGCUUCGGCUCGGCCUCACCGUCUGCGGCGUCCGAGGGCGGGGCUGACAAGGCAAGCCGGGUCUCGGCCAAGGCAGCGGGCAAGGAAGCUGACGAGUACUCGAGCGGAGGACUCAGCGAGUCGGACGAUGGCGGCGAGGAGCCUGGAGCCGACGAGCCUGGAGGCGUGGAGGCGAGCGGGGCGAUGGCCGGCGCCGGUGCCUACACAUCGCCGUCUGUCCCGGCAACGACCUUUGUUUUUGACUCGUCGCCGACGGCGAUGUUUGCGCCCAAGGCAGCGAUGUUUGCGAAGCCCGGCGCUGGCGGUCGUGGCGACCAAGGCAGGCCCAAAACGCUGGCGGAGCGGAAGUCGGCGUCUGCCAAAAAGGCUGCGGCGCCCGUGGCUGCGGCGCAGCUUGUGGACGUCAGCCGCACCUCGCACAUGGACUACCUCCACAACCGCGAUGUCAACGGUCAGCUUGUGGCGGUUCCCGUCUCGCAGGGCCAGGGCAGCAAGGUGUUCCACCUCUCGUCGCGCGAUCUCAAGUUCAUUCCGCAGCAAGUCUUCCAGAACCCGGACGUCACCGCGCUUGUGCUCUCGCGCAAUCCGCUCGGCUCCCUCCCGGACACCCUGUUCAAGCUCAGCAAGCUGACAGAGCUUAACGUCAGCAAGUGCGCUCUCGAGUCGCUCCCCGAGGGGCUCGGUCAUCUGACAUCGCUCACUGAGCUCUCUGUGUCGGACAACAAGCUGAGGUCGCUGCCCCAGAGCAUUGGCAAGCUCAAGGCACUCACAGUGUUGCGUGCCAGCAACUGCAUGUUGUUGCGGCUUCCGCACUCGAUGGCCAGCCUGAUCAAGCUGGAGACGCUGGAUCUCCGGGGCAACAAGCUCCAGGAGCUCGACCCGUAUGUGGUUCGCCACUGGACUGCGCUCACACGCCUCGACAUCUCGGAUAACAAGCCGGACGUGGCUUCGAGUGCGGCGGAAGCUGACGCAUAUGAGCCGAUUCUGGCGUCGCACUGCCACAGCCAGGUCACAAGCGGCCUCUCGUUUGUCGGCUGCAUGGUGUGCAAGUCUACUGCCAAGCUGUACAAGUGCCUUGUGUGCACCGAGGGGCGGCUGCUUUGUGAGGUCUGCCUCAACGAGCCGGAGCGGGUGGCGGCCGAGACACUGGUACUUGGCGGCGGCGUGGCUGAGGCAACUGUGAGUGACGAGUACCUCGUGACGGGGCUCUCGUUCUUUGCAAAUGUUGAGGACGAGCUAUUCCAGCGCAAGGCUGCCCAGUUUGACCUGCCUACCACGCUUGACUCGCUUGUCGAGCUCAAGGAGCUGAAUGUGUCUCAUUGUGGGUUCCGCUCGCUCCCGGCCGGGAUCGGAGCGCUGACAGCACUUCAUACGCUCGAUGUCCGCCACUCGAGGCUGCAGACGCUUCCGGCUGAGAUCGGCGGGCUGUGCUCGCUUCUUGCGCUCCGCGUGGCGCACUGCGGCCUUGCUGUGCUGCCGGACGUGUUUGGGUCGUUCACUGUCAUGACAAGCCUUGAGGUGCAGGGCAAUCACCUCGCAUCACUGCCGGGCUCUAUCGUGGCGCUCGAAAAGCUCCGGACGCUCGACGUGUCGUCGAACCAGCUGUACUCGUUCCCGGCCGGCUUUGCACCGCCGGCCAUCGAGGUGGUCGACGUCUCGCACAACCGGCUCCGCAAGCUCAGCGACUUUGAAGCGCUGCUGGCGGUGCCUGCACUGCGGCAGUUUGUGGCGUCGCACAACCAGAUUGCCGAGUUUCCGGUGAGUGCGUGGCUGAAGGGCACAGUCUCGGUGCUAGACCUCUCGUACAAUGUCAUCUCGGACGUGCCUGCUGUGGCCGGCGAGCUCUCGCCGAGCCAGGAGAUAAGCGUGCGGAGCCUGUCGGCACGGACGCUGCGGCUGGAUGGCAACCUGUUGACCCGGCUCCCGCGGCUGAUGACCUCAUCGCUUUUCACCGUCGGACACAACUCACUGACGCCGUCGAUGGAGGAACAUGUCAACACGUAUCUUAUCAACGUGGGGCGGGUUCUGCGGCAAGGCGGCAAUAUCGAGCUCUUUACGCCGGCGUACAUCCAGGCCGAGCGCGGGCUGCAGGCUGCGGUGCUAUACGAAGUCGUCCAGCUUGUGAUCCACACGAUAGCGCUCUCACCACAGGCGGCGGUGCUCUCGCCUGACCAUGUUCCGCUUGCCGAGUUUACGUGGUCAGGCGACGACAAGCUGGACAAGUUCAUGUGGCUCAUGUGGCAUUUGCCAGCCGAGCUGCGGUACAUGACGGCGACGGCGGCGUGUGACGCACCAGGCUUCUCGUUUGGCUCGAACACGUUCCGAAUGGCGCGGCUGCAUGUGGCGCGGGUCCUGCAGUCUGUCAACGAGACUGCGCUAGAGUUUGUGGUCUGCUCCGUGUUUCCGGCCUACCUGGGCCGGCACUCGUACGUCACACUCAUCAUUGUGAUGCGCAAGGCGGCGAUCAAGGCGGCGUUGGCCACGCUCUUCAAGUUUGCACACUGGCUGCAGCUGACCGAGGUGCAUCGGAACCGGCUGUUGCAGGCCUUUAUCGUCGCUCGUAACUCCCAGCUUGUCCCGCUGCUCGACACCAUCACCGCCAGCAGCAGCGACGCACCGGCCACGGUUCUAGGCCUCACGCCAUUUGUCGAAGUCCAGCUCCCGGCCAUGAGGGCCCGGGUGCAAGGUCUCAUUCCGCAGAUACCCGUCUACGGCAAGAACGGCAUCCUCCCCGACCUGGAGCCGCGAAGCCGUCGCUCUGGUCACGGUUGA